AGCCUCCACAUGCCUUUACUUCCUACUUCACUCACCGCCAGAGAAGCUGAGACAACACACAAAGGAGAAGCCAUGAGGAACACACUGCUGAGGAUGCUGGCCACACUGAUGUGUGUGCUGGCUGCCUGCGCCGAGGUCAUGCCUGUUAAAGACUUUGAUCUGGGGAAGUUUGGAGGCAAGUGGUACAUUGUUGGCUUUGCUACCAACGCUCAGUGGUUUGUGGACCACAAGGCAGACAUGAAGAUAGGCACUGCUGUAAUCGUGCCAACUGCCGGAGGAGACCUGGACCUCUCUUAUGCCAACCUGAACCCUGACGGUACCUGCUGGAGAAUGACUCACAUGGCUAUGAAAACAGACACUCCUGGACGCUUCACCUUCCACAGCCAAAUUUGGAAGAAUGACAAUGACAUGCGCAUUGUCGACAUUGUGUAUGAUGACUACGCUCUGGUCCACACCAUCAAGACAAAGGACGGAGUGUCUGAGGUCCUCAACAAGCUUUACAGCCGUGCUCCUGAGUCCAGCGCCACCCUGCAACAGAGGUUCAGACAGUUCUCCAUGGAGACUGGCAUUCUCCCCGACAACAUUGUUAUCCUGCCUAAGAAUGCUGAGUGUCCUGAGGCCUGAAGAGUCCCCCCCCCCAUCCCCCAUCCCCCAUCCCCCAUCCUUCAUCUCUCACUCUCCAAAGUCCCAGGCUUUCAUCUCAGAAAAGCAUUAUUCCUCCUCACUCUGAUGUUUGCAGCGUCACAAAAGCUACACCUGAGAUAAUGAAACUCAAGCAUUUUACUCAAAAUCCCUGUUGCAUACCAAAGACCAAUCCUAAUCCUGAUUAAAAACCUCAUUCUCUCCAACUUGCACAUUAACUGUGGCUCAGAGUGCAGCAAUUAGGGGGUGAUUGUGAAACAGAGAGAAGGGAUACAUGAGACUGUGAAAGCUGCCAGUUUACUUUUUGUACAUGCCAAUCUUUUGUAACUGCUGAUUUCUGUUAUAGUGUGUUAUCUUUUUGUUGAAAUGAACGCCAAUAAAAAUAAUAAAUCC